GAUAAUUUUCGUGAAAAGAUCCAAGAUUUUUGAACCACGCGUAUUUCGCUUCAAGUAGAAAAAAAUGAAAGGACUUCUUUCGUAAAACUCAGCUAAAACAGCUCAGAAGAAUGUGGCGCCUUCACGCUGUUUAACCGACGUAACAUUGACGGCUGUCAUGGCGUAAAAGUGUACAAUCUUUGUGCACAGUAAAACAAAAAUAAUGAUUUCCCGACGCAUUAAUUCACAAUUGUGCAUUAGAAAUAAUAGUUUUCAAUCAAAAAUAUCAUGAUAGACGUGUCUUAGCUACGUUUAGUUGCGUGUAUGCAUUAAAAUGGACAAGAAAAAUGCCAUUAGAAGAGCCAAAAGGCCAUCAAAAGUGCUGGAAGAAAACUACUGGGAUUGUAGUGUUUGCACGUACAGGAAUAACGCGGAAGCUUUCAAAUGUUCCAUGUGUGACGUUAGAAAAGGUACAUCGACCCGCAAGCCUCGGCUCAACCCCGCUCUGGUGGCCGCGCAAGCGUCCGGCACGGCGCCCACGGGCAGCUCGGUCCAGAAGCGGCCUCGUUCGGCGAACUCGUUCAAGAAGAAACGACGCCACCCGCCGAGACUCAACAACGUGGACCGCAGCUCGGCCCAAACCAGAGAGGUAACAGUGAGUGGCGUUACCGUUGUCAUAACCGAAUACAAACCGAAGAAAUCGGUUUCCAGCAGCUCGAGUGACGUUGAAUCUUCAAACGACGCGCGACCUUGAUCUCCAGAGCACACCCGAUCCCGCUCCAGCAUAACAAAGCUCUCAACACGAUACCUUACCGGUGGUAGGACCUCUUGUGAGUCCGCACGGGCAGGUACCACCACCCCGCCUAUUUCUGCCGUGAAGCAGUAAUGCGUUUCGGCUUGAAGGAUGGGGCAAUCGUUGUAACUAUACUGAGAGCUUAGAACUUAUAUCUCAAGGUGGGUGGCGGCAUUUACGUUGUAAAUGUCUAUAAGCUCCAGUAACUACUUAAAAACCAUGUGGGCUGUGAGCUCGUCCACCCAUCUAAGCAAUAAAAAAAACGGCGAUAACUUUAGUACGGGAUCAGUGCACUAAGCGUCAUUACUGCUUCUCGAACUUUUGGACUACAUAAGAUAAUUAAGUUGCGUUUUAAAGUUACAAUUGUACUUAAUGUGGCAGUAUUGUGUCGUUUUAACUUUUUUCCUAACCUAAACGUAAUAAAUACGUUAUUUUGAAAGCGUAAAGGUAUUGCUGUUGUUUAAAUUGACCGCGAUGUUGUUUACUUUUUUAUAUAGGGGGUUUUAUGAGCUGGUAACUGAGACCUUUGAGUCAUGUCUUAUUUUAAUUUAUGUUCUAAUUUUUAUGAAAAAUGAUAAUAUGGAGUGAAAUGAAGUGAAGAUGAUUAAUUUGAGACAUUAAUCAACUGGGAUGAAAUUAAAUGAAAUGAGAUAAGAUGAUAUGGGAUGAAAGGUAAUCUCAGUAAAAUGGUGGUCAUUUACUGAGAUUUUUUCAUUAGGACUUUUUGGAGGAUCCCGGGAAGUUACGUCCAGCGGCUUUGUUUCAUUUUCCCACAUUUGUGCACUUUCACAGAUAUUAAACAGUUAAUAAAUACCGUUAUUAAACAUUUAAACCUGAAGAAACACUAAAUAGACAAAAUAAAACAAAUCACACAACUUCACUCCUCGCGUCCCCGCCAAAAAGUCCCGAUGUCGUUUACGGAAAUAUAUACAUAGUUUAGACAUAGGCUAGCUCUCCGCUCGCAUCUACGGCAGUGAGAACAGGCUUGUUUUGACGUAACUUCGUCAUUUUGUUAAAGUAUUUACAAAUCACAUGCAUAAGUCUUCUUCAUUUGUCGGUUGGUCAAGAUGGUAUCAAAAUUUGCGCGUCUUAGAAGUGAGCGGGAGACAGACCGAAACAUGCCUUGUAUUUCUUUUAUACUAUUCAGAGAAGAUAUCGACGCUUGAAAGGCAAACGUGACUAAGCGACAAUGCGUGAACUUUACAAUAGACUAAUUUAUAGCUGAAAUACAUGAAAAAAAAUCUAUUUUAACGAAUCUAGCUGUAGUAGAAUCUAGCUAGUAGCUGUAGGAUUGAAAUGAUUUUAAUAGACCCAGAACUAUAUUUUUUUUUUGCGCAUCGAAUAUGGUUAUUGCUUAUCAUUUAUGUACAAAGCAGUUAUCGUCGCUUAGUCACGUUUGCCUUUCAAGCGUCGAUAUGUACAAUUUAGAGCAAUAGGAAUGGGAGAAUUCAAUUUGUUGGAAACUGAAAACACUAAAGUGUACAGCGCUGAGACUAAAACGGAAGGUUCUUUUGUAUUCGCUUUACUGUAGUUGAAAUUUAGAUUUAGACUGACCUAGUUAUAUUUUAUCUAUAAAAUCUAGUACUACUGUUGACAGUCCAAGUGCAUGAUCUUGAACAUGGCAUUCGAAUUGUUCGGCAUGGGCGACGUUAACCAGCGAUCAUGCAGUAUGAUCGUCUGUAUACCUAAGUAAAUGUAAAAGUUAUGAUAUAUAAGCUAAUGAUUUUUUUAUUUAUUCCUUAAUUUAUUUAUUUAUUAUAAAAAGUGAUUUUUUAACAUCACACUUAUCGAAUCGGAAUUAAUUUUAAUUUAUAUUUAUUUGCUGUUCAAUAAUUAAAUUAUAUUGUUUUUAAUGACGUUUGUAACUGAGCUUUACGCACCUAAUGCCAUUUAAAUUGUUUCAAUAAAUUAUUCUAGUUUAUUGCUUGUGUGUAAAUUUAGUAUAUUGUAUAUAUAUAUAUAAAUUUGAAAGAAAUAAAUUGAGACCAGCGGGUCACUGCCAGGAAUGUAAAUAUGAAUUGGUAACCAUAGUAGAAAAAAAAUAUGUAAGUAACUAAUUGGUAAUAAUGCUUUUCUUUUAAGAAAUGCUGAAAUAUAAACAUUAUAAUGUAGUUUUUUUUAAAAACAAAUUUUGUAUGUGUAAUUUAUUUAUAACAUAUAAUGAAACAGAAGUGUUUGUACAUUGAAGAUAUUGUAUGUGGUAUAUUAUGUUGAUAAAUUUCAUCGAUUUCUUUGCUCGUAUGUUGGUCCUCUAUAUUUGUUAUUACGAAACACCAUUGAUCCUCUUAUAAUGAAGCUAUUUGUGUUGAAAGCUAGUUGAUAAGAUUUAAAAUUGUUACGAUGGGAACCGAAGGUAUAGAAAAGUUUCGCUUAUAAUUAUCAUUAAUUUGUCGAUUAAAAAAACCAACAAACUUGACCGUGGACUAAUUAAUGUAGUGGGAUUUUGGUUUGGACACUUUGGGUGAUAGAAACAUAAUCGUGUUACGACUUAAACUUAAAAGAGCGUAUUGUUAUCAAUAUAUAAUAUUAUAUUUAUUAAAUAUCCAAAAAAAUGAAGUAAAGAAAUCUUCAAAAUUUUCCAGCGACAUAUUUUUGGUUUUAAUUAUUAAGAAAAUGUGUUUGUUAAUUCGAAAAUAUAAUUGAUUUGAUUCGAGUUUGAUUUGGUAGAAAAAAAAUGUAUAUCUUGAGUAUAAUUCAUUUACUACAUUUUUUAUUUAUUUAACUACACUCGUAAUGUUCCCUAAAAUUGAAAUGGGGAUAUGGUAUACCGUUAACAUCUUAUUGAUUUCAAUAAUUUUCAAGGUAUGUAAUAGUUUCAUUCAUUAUUGAAAAGUAAUCAAAAAGACAAAUAAUGAGUGUGUCGUUAAUUGAGUUUGGUUUUCAGGUAGACAAUAAUAUAAAUAAUACUAUUAAAGUAAAAAUAGAUGAGAAUUAUGUAUUAUAUGUAGAUGAAGUUGCUGCCAGAUAUCUAGAAGCGUAGCACUCAUUCGCCUUUCGAAAAGGGGAACGUUCUUUGAAAUAAAUAAAAUCUUACAAAAUGUAGCAAGAAAUGCAAAGUAGUUGUACACGUAAUUUACAUAAAAAUGGUAAGAUUGGUAUGAUCCUUAUAAAAUUACUUAACUACUAAUACCUAGAAUGAAGUGCUUUCGAAGGCUAAACUUGGGUGAGUCGUCUUGUAAAUUAAGUUUAGCUGUACCAUCGGGAAUGAACUAUGGUAUGGGCGACGAUAACCUACGAUCUAACGCCGCAUGAUCGUGGCGUUAUGGGCGUUUUUAUUAUUCGUAAUGUUGCAUGCUCGCGUGCCUUGGUUAGUUGUUUUUUAAGAUAAAUAUAUCGCGUAAGUAGAAUAAAAACCGUUAAAAAAAUUAAUUACAAACCGUCCAUUGAAACAGCGGUGGUGAUUUACCGAUGACCAAAUUGGAAAUCGUUUCGCAGUAGAUAUGCGUGCCUUUUGUACUUGUACUGUAAAUAUUGCCUUACACAUAUCUGACCUGGGUCUUAUAGCUACUCUGACCGGGUUCUGACCCCGGACGGAGAUCGAACGUCGGGUGUAAGGGUGCAGGGGAGUCGCUUAGCGCGGUAGGGCCCUAAAAUUCAUUGGGCCCGCGGUCUGCUCCUAACAUCAGCAGAUCGUCAAGUCCCCGUGCGCCCCCUAGGUCUUACGUCGACUUAAGGGUCCAUUCUUUUCUUUGUUUUUUGUUUUUGUAAUCCAUAGAUAUGACCUAUGAAACAAUUUAGCAAUUUUCCUUUACCCUUUAUAUAAAUUAAUUGAGGGUAGAAAGUAAGUAUAUGUAAAAAAAAAAACUAUUUUACUAUUGUACUAACUUAUGGUUAUCUUAAUAAUUAAUCUUACUUUUAUUGUUUCUUAAAUUCUAAUUUAAAGGCUAGUCAACGCGUAGUUCUCCUUUGAAAUCUUGUCUUGUCGGCUCCUAAUAUUUUCUUUCUUUUUUCUUUUGCUGAUCCAACCAGUCAACGAUUAAUUUUUCUUUUUUUUUUGUCUAUGACGCACAUUUUCAAAUUUUGAUAUUUAUCUUUUAUUGGAUUGAGGUUUAUUCGGUUUUCAAUAGUUUUAAGUUACCAGUUUUUAUUUAAACAUGCGACCCCUAAUUUUGUGUUCCACAAGUUAUUUAAGUAUUUAUUGUAGCUUUAAGGAGUUUGUUAGUAAUGGUAGAAACAUUUUAGGAACAUUAAACUACUUUGUAGGAAUACAAAGGAGAAAAUGUGUAAUUUAAAAAUAAAUUGAACACUAUGACUUCAAGAGUGGAAUAGAAUGAUUAAGCAUAACAAUGGAAUCACUAAGAGGUGGAUAAGAAAAACCAAAAAGAGCUAAUAAAAAAAGCGGUUUACAAACUACUUAGGAAAAAUCGAUGCACAUACACACAUAAAACAGUUUUUUUGUGUUAACCUAAAGGUGUCUAAAGCAUUUAGAUUCGGAUACUGUAGGUUUAAUAGGAACGUUAAAAUAGACAACUAUUUGGCGGUAAUUUUUAUAGUACUAGUCGUUGUCGUGGCCUAAAGGAUAAGGCGUCCGGUGCAUUCGUAUCUUGCGAUGGACGGGUGUUCGAAUCCCGCAGACGGGUAAAAUUUUUUCUAAUGAAAUACGUACUUAAGAAAUGUUCACGAUUGAUUUCCACGGUGAAGGAAUAACAUCGUGUAAUAAAAAUCAAAUCCGCAAAAUUUUAAUUUGCGUAAUUACUGGUGGUAGGACCUCUUGUGAGUCCGCACGGGUAGGUACCACCAUCCUGCCUAUUUCUGCCGUGAAGCAGUAAUGCGUUUCGGUUUGAAGGGUGGGCCAGCCGUUAUAACUAUACCGAGACCUUAGAACUUGUAUCUCAGGGUGGGUGGGCAUUUACGUUGUAGAUGUAUUUGGGCUCCAGUAACCACUUAACACCAGGUGGGCUAUGAGCUCCUCCACCCAUCUAAGUAAUAAAAAAAAAUCUACUUCUAUCUUUAAGGGCCUUUUGUGACUUGUCUCCGUUAUUUUGCCGCGUUGCAAUCUCGGCACAAAAGCUAGGUCUAGGCUGCCUGUCCACCGGAGCGGUGCGAGGCAGCGGAGCGGAGCAACGGAGUAAGGCGGAGCGGAGUUGCGUAAAACGUCCCUACACCGGAGUGGAGCGAGAAAGUAAUGCGGAGCGGAGUUUAGUAUCUACGCGACGAGUCAGCUCGCACUCGCUUCCCCGAUCCGCUUACUUUUAUUUAUUUCUUAGAUGGGUGGACGAGCUCACAGCCCACCUGGUUUUAAGUGGUUACUGGAGCCCAUAGACAUCUACAACGUAAAUGCGCCACCUACAUAAGUUCUAAGGUCUCAGUAUAGUUACAACAGCUGCCCCACCCUUCAAGUCGAAACGCAUUACUGCUUCACGGUAGAAAUAGGCGGGGUGGUAGAAGUGAUGAGUAUUAAUUAAAACUGUAAUUGUAAAUAACUUUAGGUGAAUUUGUACGAUGAUGUUGUAUGUUGCAAGCGGUGAAUGUUAAUUAUUUUUAAGUAUUGUGUAACUUAUGUAAUGUAUAUAAAGGAUGUGGAUUUGAUUA